AUGUUCGGCGUUAGGCAAACUGUCAUCAAAGAUUUUCAAGAAAUGGAAUUUAUCUCGUCUUCCAGCAAUGUUAGUACUGGUGAUGUUGUUGAAGGUUUGCGUUAUAACUACUCGAAAGGCAAAAAACCUGAGAUUGAUGAGAUUGACCCUGGAUCGUUCAGAUGA